AUGGAGAAAAGGCACCAAGACAUUAUCAAGGCAAACUACUCUACUUUAGUGCAAAACAUAACGACCUCAUCGGUUGCCGGACAUCUAUUUGCUUCCAACAUUAUUACCUAUGAAAUGCGGCAGCAGAUUGAAGCUGAAAAAACCAGCUAUGAUCGAAAUAGAAAACUAUUAAGCAUCAUUCUACGGAGAGGUCCGAGAGCUUUUACAGGUCUCAGGAUGGCACUCCUGAAAGCCAAUCAAAGAGACUUGUUUAAGCUUCUUUUACCUGAAGAUAAUACUGUAUCUGAAUACGACAAAAAGUUAGCCAUGGCCAGAUCACUAGUUCACGAUACGACAGAAACAUCUGUUGGUGUCAACCAGCCAAAGACCUACCGUACAGAACGACAAAAAUCUCAAGAGGAACGAUGCAGAAUCAGCCUGGAUGACUUCAGUGACAUUUUCCUGACAGCCGUUCCUUUCAAAAAUAAGAUCAAUAUUCACAUUCGUCACUUCACAGAGUCCAACGGUCGCUAUAUCGCAACAAAGAAAGGGGUUACGUUUUCACUUCCUCGAUGGGUGAUGUUUGAAUCUCUGCUCCCGGAUAUAGAAAGAUGUAUGCAGAACAAAGAGAACAAUUGUGAAAUGAAGUGGCACAUUGGAGGUGGAGUGUACGUCUCCAUUAACCCUGGAUAUUCAACAGUGGACAUCAGACACUUUUGGAAGCCAGAAGAUGCUGUCAAACCGGUACCAACAAGAAAGGGUGUGACCCUAAACAGACAAAAACUGAGUAGAUUGCUUCAAGCUACCCAGGAAUUAAGAGAAUGUGUCCCAGAGCUAAAUGAUACAGAUCUGUGCGCAUUCAGUGAAUCACAUCAAAACCAGCUUGGGAUGUUAAAUUGCCCAGAAUGCACUCCCUUCGGAUACGAACCUCAGGAAGUUAAUACGUCCAUGGAAUGCAAUGACGGUGACUCACAAGAAACAUUGAUAAUCGAAUGUGACACUGACUAA